CCUCUCCCCUCUCUUUCUGUCUCCUCACUUUCUCUCUCUUCACACCCACCACCACACUCCCAGUCACCCCACUCUCUCUCUCUCUCUAGCAGUUCUCAGUAACGGACGCCUCUUUAUUACUCUCUCUCUCCGUUUUCUGCUGCUUUCUCUCACUUUCUCUUUCUGUUCAAGAUCUGUUUUUUUUUUUCUUGAUUCUCUCUUCAGAACAUGGGGAGCUGAAAUUUGGGGUUUUUUUUUUUCCUUUUUUUCUCUCUGUAAUUUUCUCGGAACAUUCGCGUCGCGUGUGUCGCUGCGGAGUUUCCGAUCUCCGUUUCUUUCGCUUUUUGUUUUGUUAAAUUUUCAAUUUUUGGGUUUUUAAUGUGUGAAAAUGGAGAACUUGCGGCCUCGGAGGUCUAAGGUGACCAGUAUUGCUGAUAGGAGCUCCGACGGAGGACGAUUCACCUCCGCUGAGCGAGCUUACAGAGGAAACAGGCAGGUUCAGAAACAGAAACACAUUCCGAAAUUGGCCUCUGAUUCGAGUUCUUGCAGUAGUGGCUCUACUGGUGAAGAUUCGUUCCCCUUUGAAUUGGGCUGGAGAUCUUCACAGCAAGCUGUUGGAACUCCAAUAAAGAAGUUAUUAGCUGAGGAGAUGGUGAGAGAAAUUGAACCCAGAAGGAGAUCACCAAGCGUAAUUGCCAAAUUGAUGGGUCUUGAUGGGCUGCCACCUCAGCAGCCUGCUCAUAGACAACCGAAAGGCAUUUCGGAGAAUUAUUUUCAGAAGUCAAGAUCGGAAGAGACAGAGCACAGAAACAGUAUGUCUUAUGAACGCCGCUCUUCCAGGAAGAACUCAAGGGUGCAGCAAGAAUUCAAGGAUGUGUUUGAAGUUUAUGAAACUUCAAAGGGUUACUCAUCACGAGGAACUGCUAACCCAAAGCUCAGUGAUGCUGAAAUGGCUUUUGUUCGACAGAAGUUCAUGGAUGCAAAACGCCUUUCAACUGAUGAGAGGCUACAGGAUUCAAAGGAAUUCCAUGAUGCGCUUGAGGUGCUGGAAUCUAACAAGGAUCUUCUAUUGAAAUUCCUUCAGCAACCAGACUCAUUGUUUGCUAAACAUCUGCAUGAUCUGCACGGUGUUCCUCAAUCCCGUUGUGGUCGCAUAGCAUCUAUGAAGUCAUCAGAAGCUCAGAAGUAUGAAAACAUUGACCUUGGCUUCACAUCAGCGAGAGAGCGGAAGCAUCGCUCUGAAUCUCCGCAGAAGCAUCGUGAUUCUUUUCCUAGCCACUCUGACAGUAGACAUGCUGGUCAUAAUCCUCCUAAAUCAUCUCUAAGCCGACCGGAAGUGAAAAUUGAAUCUGCCAUUCAUCCUACAAGGAUAGUUGUUCUGAAACCAAACCUUGGGAAGGUGCUGAAUGCUACCAAAACAUCACCUUGUUCUCCUCAUGCUUCUAUGUUAGAUGGAAGCAAACACUCUGAAUUUCUGAGCAUUAGAGAUAGGGAGGCAGAAUCACGGGGAAGGAAAAAUGUCCAAGAUAAUGAUGGGCAUCUGAGGCACAAGUCCAGAGAAUCUAGAGAAGUUGCCAAGGAAAUCACAAGGAAAAUGAGGAAUAAAUUUAGCAGUAAUUCUGUGCGUCUUUCCUCCUCUGGUUUGAAAGGAUAUGCUGGUGAUGAGAGUUGUUGUAGCAUGUCUGAGAAUGAGUCUGCAACUGAGUCAGAGGUGAUGUCGGUGUCUUCCAGGCAUUCAUUUCACAUAAGUAACCACUCCAGGCCUUCAUCGUCGUGCUCUACUGAAUCAUCCGUGAGUAGAGAGGCUAAGAAGAGGCUCUCGGAGAGGUGGAAGAUGACUCGCAAGUCCCAAGAAGUGGGACCCGUUAGCAGGGGCAGCACACUUGGUGAAAUGCUUGCUGUCCCAGACAAGGAAACGCGAGCUGCUAAUUUGAAUGCCAUGAUUGGCGAGGCAGGAUUCAGAGAUACGUUUUCUACUGAAGAUGCACCUGCACGGUGGGGUGGACCUCUGGGUAUCAGCAGUAGGGAUGGUUGGAAGGAUGGAUGCAUCAAUAGUUUAUCAAGAUCAAAAUCUCUUCCUUCUUCAUCUACUGCGUUUGCAAGUUUUAAAACAAGUAUGUGGUGUGAAACUGUACAUGAUGACAAGUAUCUGAUGCCAAAGGAGAGAGUCCUGCACGAAAGACACUGCACAGUAACUGGUCAUCUUGAUCUUAGAGAAGGUGGCCAUAAACUGUCUAGAUCUAGCAACAAAAUUUCUUAUUCGUCUCACUCCUUAAGUAGGGAAGCUAUUGACAUUUCACCUGAAACUCAUACUACUGAGAAUAAAGAUAGAACUGACUUUGAAGAGAACAAUCAACCCCAGCAGAAUGUUGCAGUCUUUGAGUCACCGCCUCGUAAUGCUAUGGAUAAAAGUCCAGUUUCUGCAAAUUUGAUGGAUGGGGAUGCAUCCAUGCCUUGUGAAAGUCCCGAUGUGUUACUUCCAGAAUUAUCAUCUCAUAUGUCAGUAGAAGGUGAUUAUUCUGGUAGUCACCAAGAUAACCUAAUUCCCCAGGAACCAUCAAUCAGGCCCCCUGAUGAACAGGCAGUCCCCUCUAACCAUUCUGUGCCUGGAAUCGAAUCUCCUGCAAGCUCCAAGGAGGCUGAGCAGCCCAGUCCGGUUUCAGUUCUGGAAGUUCCUUUUACUGAUGAUGUGUCAUCUAGUUCUGAAUGCUUUGAGAGUGUCAGUGCUGACCUUCAAGGGCUUCGGAUGCAGCUUCAGCUACUCAAGUUGGAAUCAAAACCCCACAUGGAAGUCUCGAGUGAUGAAGACGGUGAUGGAUCUACAGCGUGUUCAGAUGCAAGAGGGCUUUGCAAAGAUGAAGAGAGCUGGGAAUCUGUAUACUUGGCCGAUAUUUUAACUGAAUCUGGUUUAAACAAUGCUGGUCCGGCUACCUUCUUGGCAAUAUGUCACACUCCAGAAUCUCCUAUGAGUCCUUUACUAUUCGAAGAACUGGAGAAGAAGUACUACGGUCAGACUUCUUGGCCAAAGCCCGAGAGAAAGUUACUGUUUGACCGAGUAAAUUCAGGGCUCCUGGAGAUUUUUGAGCAAUUCACUGAUCCACACCCAUGGGCGAGGCCUGCGAACAAAAGAAUUGGUCCCAAGUGGAUUAAUACAAGUUCACUUGAAGAGGAUCUUCGCAAGUUUCUAGCAAGCCAAGAAGAGAAUGCGAGUGAGGACAAUCUAGAGAACGAGCUGCAACGUGACUCGCUGUGGAUGGAUUUUGGAGAUGAAAUAGACGUAAUAGGUGGGGAAGUAGAGAGGAAGUUGAUAGAUGAGCUAGUAGCAGAGGUAGUGGUUAUGUAGUGUAGAAGGCCAAGAAUUUCAACUGAAGUUUUUCUUCUGUUCGUUUUUUUGGUCGACGAGUUUAAAUAGAAUAUGUAAAUGACGACUUGAAAUUGUAGUUUCAUGAGAAGAUGAAUAAAUGGGAUGGUCUUUGUUAGAGAAAAAAAUUGUUGGUGGGUAUGACUAUAGGGGUAGAAAAGAAUGCUCAUCGACUACAUAAUUACCUUUUUUUUUAUUUAUUUAUUUCUCCAUAUCACAAUGGGGUCAAUUACAACUGUU